CUCCGUUGCAGCGCCACCCAGCGGUGAAGAGGCGGAACUGCAGCUUCUGACCCACAUGUGGCCGGCUGCCUUUAAAUCUACCGCGAUUACGAGAGCAAGGGCUCAUGAAAGUGCACGAAAAGUGUGUGUUUUCGCGCUGAGGAGCGUCCUGCGUGCUAGUAUAUGAGCUGAAGGCCGCGGAGGCACGCGCUCGGAGUGUAUCAAGACUCAGAGCUGUUGUGACCCGGAGCCAAAGAUGCAAGAGGGGCCAGGAAAGGGUGGGCAGAGCUCAGAUGAGAGUUUGGAGGAAGAGGAGGUUCAGCGGUGCCCGAUCUGUCUGAACCGACCCAGACGGACGGAGAGAGCCGUACCUGACUGCUGCAGACACGUCUACUGCUUGGACUGCAUCCGCCGCUGGGCUCAGAUGGUUCGUUCUUGCCCAGUGGACCGCAGACCCUUCAGCAUGAUCUACCUGCAGGGCUCCUCGCAGCAGUUCAUCAAGCUUCCUGUGAAGGCGCACAGACUUUCAGAGAUGCACACAUGCUGCAGUCAGGACGGUCAACGAAUGUGUCACGUCUCUGUGGAAGAGACAGGAAGUACAGAGAGAACACAAGAGGAAAGAGCUAACGCCAAACUGAAAUGCCACAGAAAAACAGGCGAUUCGGAUGAAUCUUUGGAUAAAAACAGGAAGGAGAAAGGAGACUCGUGCCACUCUCUUCUGCUCACUCAGCAUUGUCCCUCAUCACUGCCCGGACAGCAGGGUGCGAUGGUCGGUACCCUGACGGAGAUCGUGACAGGAUCUGUUGAGGUUUGUGAGGAAGGACCAGAUGACAUCCAGUGGAGGAGAUUAGAGCGAAAACGCAGGUGGCUUCCUGCCUCGGUACCUUCCCCCUCUACAGAUGUGUCCAGGGUGUCACUCCGCUCACACCUGCUUCUGUCAGCGGUCUCUGCCUCUCUGAAUGUGCUGCUUUCUGAACACACAGUUCCUCAUGGCUUAGUUUGUGCUGUCACCUGCCCCAAAGGUGAGGAGAAAAAGGGAACAAGGGGUUCUGCGUCAAAGACCUCAGUGAAACCAGCAGAAUCUGCUGCUACCAGGCGCUCCUCUAGGCACAGUCACUCUGAGGCGGAGGAUUCCUCAGCUGCACAGUCAGAAACAACAGAUUCAGACACCAAUACUUCACAAACCAUAAAUGAUACUCAUGCUUCUACAAGCACAGGACAGCAGGGGAACAAUCCAAGGUCUGGAGCGAAGAAGAGAGGACGCCCAAAGAAGGUGAAAAUGGCGAGACCUGAGGAUGAGGAGCAAGAAACUGAGGUUGGGAAUAAUGAGGAAGAUGGAGUCACUGAGGAAACAGAACCUAAAGAAUCAAAAACAGACCAGAAAGCAAGUUCUGAUCAGAUUGAUGGUGACCAAGUUACAUUGGAUAUGGAGGUGGAGAGUCCAGCUCAGGAUGAAGGCGUUUCCUCUGAUGACAGUAGUCAGGAAGAGGAAAUGGCAAAAGUUGGAGUGGUUACGGAGACUAUGAUUGAAGAUGAAGAUAAUCAGAUACUUCCACAAGAAGAUAGCAAGCAAGAAGUGGAGACAAAUGAUCAAGACCUAGUAGAAUUGGUGAAUGCUCCACCAAUACAGGAGCGAGAUUUUCCAUCUCCUUCAAGUGUAGAACUACAAGAGUCUCAAUCUGACUCUGAAUCAUCUCUGCAAGCAGAACCAACAGCUGAACCUCCUACAGAUGCUUCAGACCAGAUUGCAGAUCUGAAACCGGAGCCUGACACCACGGAAAACUGUUCGGACAAGCAGGAAUCAAGUAGUCCUCCACCUCUCAAAGAGGACCAGGCCGUCGAAGCGUCAGCUCCAGAGGAGAAAUGCGUCCCAGAAACAAAGGACACUAAUGCAAGUAGUCCUCAAGAUAACAAUGACUUCGUUCCCAUGGAGUGUGAUUCUCCUGUAUUUGAAAGUGAAGCCAGCAUUACUGAAGCUGGGGUGGUUCCCAUUGCAAAUGUGCCUCAAAUGGAUAAUAAAGAGCCCAAGCUUGACUCCAAGGAGGAAAAAGGCUCAGAUAAGAGGGAGCGGGAAGGACGAUCCCGCAGGUCUCGUUUUCACUCCCCUACAACCACCUGGUCUCCCAAUAGGGAGUCGAGAAGUGAAGAGUCACGCAGGUCAAGGUCUCGAUCACGGGACCGUAGGCACAAGACCCGGUCCACGUCUCGAAGCCGCGAGCAGCAACCGGAGGCACGGGAUGGCCGACGGAAUCGUAGCCGCAGUCGUAGUCGUAGUAGGGAGCGGAGUCGCCGGCGACGUAGUCAUUCUAGGAACAGAAAUCGACCUGGACGCCGGAGCCCUUCCCAGGAACGCCCUGAUCAAGGCGACCUCUCUCCCCGCAAUAGAGAGUCUUGGGCCGGGGAUGGAUGGCGGAGCAGGGGCGAUGGACGAGGUUUCCGCAAUUCCAACUGGAGGAACAACGCGGAGAAACCUCGGCAUUUCUCAUCAAGAGAGCCCAUUUCGUCUGACAACGGAAACUCCCAUGAGGCUUCGCCCGACCGAGGCAGGAGCGAGAACCCGGAUUGGGUACAAGAGAGGGAGAGGCUUUGGGCAGACACUGAUUCCAGAGGACGUGAGCCACGAAGGGAUGAAAAUGCGGGUGAUCCCCCUGGAGAAUCCGGGCAUCGGGGCAGCUGGAAUGCAGGGCGUGGAAGAGGAGGCACACACUGGACAUCCAGCCAGCAGAGCGAGCAAGCAGAUAACUGGAGGCAGCGUACUUCUUUCUCAGGGACAUCGAACAAUGCAGAUUCUUAUAAUCGCUUCAAUGACAAUAGAGCCGGAGGGAAGAGAAGAGAGUCAGAUGGCGCAGAGACUCCUCUGGAUCGUUCCGGAUGGUCAUCUGCUUCCAGCUGGGCCGUACGCCGAACUCUCCCUGCUGAUGUGCAGAACUACUAUUCCCGCAGAGACCGAGGAGGUGGCAACAACAACUGGAACAGACAAGAGGAGGACCAAGGUGCACCAGGUGUCCCAAAACAAGCAGAUCCCCUCCAGAAUGAGCCAAAUGCACCGCUGGUGACAGAGGUCGUGCCAGCCAUGCCCCCUCCCCUGAUGCCCCACCAGAUGGGUGUAAUGGGGGUCCUUCCUUACCCCAUGGCUCCUCUGCUUCCGAGACCUCCAGCUGUAGGUUUCCAGCCCCAUCCCCAGUUUAACUUGCCCCCUCCAGUGCCAGUGCAGCUGCAUCCCACUAGGAUGCUCCUCCAGGUCCCAUCCAUAGCUGUGCAGGGACUACCUCCACCUCCACCACCUCCUCCACCUGUGCAACAUGGUGGCUUCACUGUGGUACCGUCUGAAAGCCACCUGGCUCAGCAGGUGAUGCCCAGUUUUCCUGUACCAGGCAAAGGUUCAUUCAAACCCAUGCCAACCAAAGCAGUCCCCGGGCCCCUGGCUCCUGUUGGGACCCCCAGUGCAGCGCAGCCGUCCUCCACCACCCAGCACACCUCUCACAGCAAGGCCCACGCAGACAGCUCCAAGAAAGAGAAGAAACUGCAGAUUCAAGAGCGGGCCGUCAAUGCGGUGAAAGCAGCGAUAAAGCCAUAUUUUCAGAAGAAUGAAAUCAACAAGGAGGAAUAUAAAGAGAUCGUACGCAAAGCUGUGGAAAAAGUGUGUCACAGCAAGAGUGGCGAGGUGAAUGCCGACAAGGUGGCCAACUUGGUGAAAGCGUAUGUCGACAAAUACAAACGCAUCCGCAAAAACAAAAGCGAGAAGAGCUGAGGUUUCGCUGACCUGCUGACUGCACAAGUGCAAUUCCACUGACUCGAGCUGUUCUUAAUACAUUUACAUACAAGAAUGAAGAUUUUUCUAGAGAUGAUGUAUUUUGUUUAAUUUGGAUUUGAUAUAUAGUGCAAAUGACCCUUUAUCGGAUUGUGUUUAAUGGAUAUGUGUGUGUGUGGGGUUAAAGAUCUGUAAUGGUGUUGCUCUAAUCGCAUUUUGCUUCUAAAUUUAAAGUAGCAAUGAACCUGAAUAAUUAAGUCAAAUUAUUCAAUUGGUACGACUGGACCUGUCCGAGUCAAACAUAAAGACUUUUCCCUUUUGAAGCUUUGAAACAAUCUGGAGUACAUGUGCAUUAGCUUUAUUAUGAUUGUGUGUUUGAGUGUGUGUGUGAUUCAGUCAUAAUCAUAACGUGGAAAGAACACGGGUAGUUCGCUGGAGAGCCGAGAUGAUUUGGUUGUCAUAUCCAGGUUAAAGUUCUGGUUUAUUUCAAUUAUUGUCAGCUGAUUUUGGUUCAGAAUAAGUCAGACUAACUGAAAUAAUCCUGUCUUAUUUGGAAAACCUGUUUAAUGAAACAGACCCCUGUACUUCUGUUGAUGGGGUUCAAUCACUGUCUGUUUACCCUCCCAGAAGCAAUGAAAUAAACCAGCUCUCUCAA